AUGCAGGCGCUCCGCGACGACGCAGAUCGACUUCAAGCACAGCACAACAUGGCCUUGAGCGCAGCAACAGCCGAGACAAACCGGGUGCGCGCCGACGUCCAACGACUGCAACGCACGGUCGAAGAGUUGCAGACGUCGAAUUUUGACUUCAAGAAAUUCGUUCAAACCAUCACCGAAGAGGACGAUGCGAUCCGCGACCAACUCGAGGCCAUGCUCGCAACAGGUCUUGGUGUGCUGCGCUACUCGAACGUCGGCGUCGCUUGCUUAAAGCUUGGCGCGACCCUCGAGCGCGUCGUCUAUGCGCUGCAUGAAAAAAUGGCUGCACCGCGCAGUUGUGCUACGGCGGAUGACGACCGCGCCAACGUGCUGACGACCGAGGUGCGCAUGCGCGAAGUGCAACUCGACGCCUUGCGCAACGAAGUGGACGAGCUCCACAUCGGGUUCCGGACCAUGGAAAAGCUCGCGGCCGACCGCCUCGAUGCGCUCGAACAGCUCCGAUCGGAGCUCGACCAAGCCAAUGCGCAGGCAGCGGCACGGAGCGACGCGCAGCGCCAUAUUACAGCAAGCCUCCAGCAAGAAAUCGCGUGCCACAUCGAGUCCAUUGCGCAGCUGCAAGCCGAGAAGCGGUCGGCGCUAACCACCAGCGCGACCGAGAUCGAGUCGUACGAAGACGUGCUCAAGGAAGAGUUUGCAGUCAUGCGCAAGGCGUAUGAGCUCAAGGCCAAGCAAGCGCAAGAGCAGUUGGAGGCCCAAGAGAAGAAUCAUUUCAAGCAGCUUCACGAGCUGGUUCGAAAACACAAAGAAGAUCGCGUGCUCGAAGAGAUUCGCACCAAGAAGAUCCAGCACGAGCUGCAGAUCCUGAAGGAGAAGUACAUCCACGCCGCGAGUGGUAUUACCAGCGCGGCUAUUAGUAUCAAAGACCCACUUGGCGGGGCAUCGAGUAACGUUGGUACCUAAUUCACAAGCGGCGACGGCAUCGUAGAGGUGCAGUGUGGACCUAUUAU